UACUUCCGGUACGCAUGGUCGACCGUAGUCAAAGGGGUUUGUCCGUUUGAUAACCUUCAAACAGUCUUAUACAACGGGGUUGAAGCAGGCGCUGUUCUAGUCCAGAUCAUGGCUCCAGAAGGCCUUUACGCAGCUUUCCGCAGGUUUUCUCACAGACUAGUAUCUAUAAGUCACAAAGCAGAGACAGAUAAAUCGCAGAUGUAUACAAAUCUCUCAGUAAGGUUGAGGGCGCAUCCUCUGUAUCGUGCAUACAUUGAGUACAUCACCGAAAACUUCAAAACAUUCACUGAGACUGUGAAAACCCAGUAUAAAGGAGUGAUUGCCCAGAGGAUACGGCGGACAAUCGAGUAUGAGAAUACACAUGGACACAAAUCGCUGAUCAGAUUCUUGCAGAGUUUACAGAAUGCGUUUUUGAGGAGAAAGGGGAUGGGACUCUCUGCUCUGUUUGCUGCCUCAAUGUUCUCAUGGAAUGAAGAAAUCAUUACAGAUCAGGAAAUUUCAAGUGCUAUCGAUGAUAUGUCGGAGAUUCAGGCAAUGGGCCGUCACCACCAGCUUGAAGGGGCUCAUGCCACAGGAUGUUUGAAAGACUGGGCACUUAUCGUCAAUGAACCAUCACUGAAAAUUUGGAGACGACCCCUUCCCAAUUCUCAUCUGUAUGAAUACAAAGUAUAUGGAAAGUAUGAUGAUGUGUCCCCAUCAGCCUUUUACCAAGUACAGCUUGACUUGGAGUACAGGAAGAAAUGGGACCAUUAUGUUGUGAAGCUGGACGUCAUUGACAAAGACCCACAGUCUAAAUCUGAGGUUGUACAGUGGAUAACAAACUAUCCAGCUACUUGGUACAGUCGAGAGUUUUUGUACAUCAGAAGAUUCAAGGUCGACAGAGAAAGAAAUGUGAUGGCGUACAUGGCCCGGUCAGUAAACCACCCAGAGUGUCCCCGCAAGGACGACCUGGUCCGGGUGGAUAUCUACUGCUCCUACAUGGUCAUCAAACCCAAGACCACAUUCUCAGAGAAUGGCCUGGAGUAUGUUAUGACUUACCAUGACGACCCCCAGCUCAUGUACUCUGGUAUUGCCUUCAGUUUUGCCACAAGAAUAGGGGUUGAUUUUGUGGACAAAAUUCACAAAGCAGCCAAGGAACUACAGAAGAACUCGGGAUAUCAGUCAAGUUAUACUCCACCCAGUGAAGCCAGCUCUGGGAAUUACAUACCGAAUUACCAGUAAACCAUGGACAUCUGUUAAAAGUCAUUGAUUUCUCAGUAUAAACUUAUAGUAACAUAUAAAUUUACAUUUGGUGAAUAAUUUGAUAAAUUCCUCACAAAUAUUUACCAUUUGAAUGAAAGGAAAAAAUGAAAAAUACAGCCAGUUGUUGAAUUUAUAGAGUAAAUCUCAGUUGCUCAGGGUUGAGUAGUAAAAGAUAUUUGAUGAGAAAAUGAGAAAUGGAUUUAAGAAUGUUCAUAAUCAUGUGGAUGGUCAUAAAGUCUAAGCAAUCACAUCACAUUCAACAUGAAUAUAAUAUCAUAAUGAUAAAAAACCCCUCAUAACUAUGUACAAUGUAACAUCCAUGGAAUGAUGUAGUAAAAGUGUGGCAUCCAUUAGCAGUAUGGUCUUUGAGGAAAUGAUUUAUCCUAAUUCUUUUUGUGUAUUGGGAAUGAAAUCCUAGAAGUUGCCGUCUUUGGGUUUUGUGUUGGGAGAUAUUUUGAAAUACUUAAUGCCCAAAUUUUUAAAACAUUUUAGUGUUGCUUGUUUGGGGUUUUUGUUUCCAAAGGGGUUUAAUGUACUAAAUAAUUGUUUUGAACUUGUAUUAAUUAUUUACAUGUCUGCAUACAUGUAUGUUUUAUAAAUGUACCAUGUUCAUCCUCUAUUAAUUGCAGCUCUAUAUCAUUUUAACGUGUGUGCAUUUUUGAUAUGUUAAAAAAUAAAUGUUUUUGAUAAUCAUUGUAAAAAUCAAUGUUAGGCUGUUUCAUUUAAGAUAUAUUAUGGGUUACCAAGCAUCCAUUUUAUAAACAACAUGAUCAGCUCAAUUGACAAACAGAUUUACUCCUCUUUUUUUUUUGCCUGGUGCAGGGACUGAAAAAAGGGGGGGGGGGGGGGUUGGAGGAAAUAAAAGAUAAAAUUGAUGCAUCAUUUGGAAGUUUAGAAUUUCAAUUUUAAUAUUGUUAUUUUUAUUGAUAGUUGUUAAAUAUAGGUUGAUAGUUGUUAAAUAUAAGAUUUUUUUCAUAUUAAUAAAUUAAUUGAUUUACUUGUUUCCUUAUUGCCCCUUUUAAUAAUGGAACAGCCCUAGUCAUUAAUAUUUUGCAGUUUUCAUUAUGUUUUGUCCAGUGUGUCAAGCAUGUAUUUACAUUGAUUUCAAGCAUAUAUUUACAUUGACAAAUAAAAAUAAUCAACUGAAAA